UGUGAUGAUCAUCUGUGAGAGACUCCACAUCCACUGGCUUUGGGAGUCAAUUGUGUCAACAAAGCACUUUAAUUACGUUCCGCUGCGGCGACAAGCUGCAGAGCUCAUCUUUAGUUGUCGCUGAUCACUCCGACUGGACGGACGACUUGGAAGUGCUCUGUUGGGAAAUUCAGAAAAAAAGGAAAAUUUUUGUGUGCGUGUGUUUGGUGAGUUUUGAAAAGGAUUCGCCAUGCGCUUUAUCCUUUACCUCUGCCUCGUCCUGGCAAUCUUUGGUGCCAUUGAGUGUCGUCCUAAGGCAAGACGUGAUCGAAUUCUCUCAAAACUUCGCUCUCGAUCACCCCCCAAGUGCGGCUAUGAGAGUUGCCCGAAACUCGAUCCCAAUCGGAUCAAUGUCCACAUAGUCCCUCACACACAUGACGACGUGGGAUGGCUCAAGACGGUGGAUCAAUACUACUACGGCAGUCGGACGUUGAUCCAGAAGGCUGGUGUCCAGUACAUUCUGGAUUCAGUCAUUCAAGCCCUCCUUGCCGAUCCUCAGCGCCGUUUCAUCUACGUCGAGUCGGCCUUCUUCUUCAAAUGGUGGAAGGAACAGACCCCCGAACUCCGUGAGCAAGUGCGACAGCUCGUUGAGGAGGGUCGUUUGGAGUUUAUCGGUGGUGCAUGGAGUAUGAAUGAUGAGGCCACCGUGCACUACCAAUCAGUCAUCGAUCAAUUUACUUAUGGAUUGAGACUCCUCAAUGACACCUUUGGCAAAUGCGCAAGACCACGUGUAGGCUGGCAGAUUGAUCCAUUUGGCCACACGCGCGAAAUGGCAUCUCUCUUCGCACAGAUGGGUUACGAUGGGAUGUUCUUCGGUCGUUUGGACUAUCAAGAUAAAACGCAUCGUUUGGAAAAGAGCGAAGCGGAAAUGAUUUGGCGAGGAAGCGCCAAUCUCGGAGAGGCUGCUGAUCUCUUUACUGGUGUCCUCUUCAACAAUUACGGUCCCCCACCGGGAUUCUGCUUCGAUAUCCUCUGUUCUGAUGAACCAAUGAUCGAUGAUCGUCGUAGCCGGGACUACAACAUUGAUUCAAAGCUUAUAGCCUUUGAGUCCUACUUGAACAAAAUGCGAUGGAAGUAUCGCACAAAUAAUCUCAUCCUCACAAUGGGUGAAGACUUCAACUACCAAGAUGCCAAUAUGUGGUUCAAGAAUCUCGAUAAGUUGAUUAAAUACGGUAAUGAAGCUCAGAAGAAUGGGUCAAACUUCAAUUUGGUGUACUCAACGCCUAGUUGUUACCUGAAAUCUCUUCAUGAUGCUCAGAUAGCUUGGCCAACAAAGACUGAUGACUUUAUCCCAUAUGCCUCUGAUCCUCAUGCCUUCUGGACGGGUUACUUCACGUCAAAACCCGCUCUGAAGCGCUUGGAGAGGAUGGGAAAUAGUUUCCUACAAAUCUGCAAGCAGCUGACGUCGCUUGCUCCGAAAAAAGAAGACAAAUCCCUUCGUGUUCAUCUGGACUACUUGAGUGAAGUUAUGGGUGUGCUGCAACAUCAUGACGCCAUUACGGGAACAUCAAAAGAGCACGUUACCCAAGACUACACAGUUCAGAUCUAUUCAGCCCUCAAAGCUUGCUCAUACUCAGCCAAGAUUGUACUGAAUCAGCUUACACGCCGUCAAACAAAUACGGAUAAACCCCCAGAGAAUGAACAUGGCUCUGCACGCUACAAGGAUGAAGCAACGUCUCCAGAGCCACUCUUCACGUUUGACUUUGAUUCCUGCCUCCUACUAAAUGUUUCUGCUUGCGAAAUUUCCGAAACACGCGACAAGUUCAUGGUCACCGUCUACAAUGCUCUAGCUCACUCGGUCUUCCACUAUAUUCGUGUUCCCGUUGACGGAAGCUUUGAGUACGAAGUCACAGACUACAGAUCUGUUCCCAUUCCGCAUCAGAUCAUUUCCGUUCCACCGCAAGUAACUGCUCUGCAUCCCGAUAAGGCAGCAGGAUUUGAGCUUGUCUUCCUUGCCACUGAACUCCCGCCCAUUGGCUACAAGUCCUUCUUCAUUGUUCGCAAACCAGCUAGGAUGCUCAAUACUCCACGUGUACUCUUCAGAGAUAUCCCAGAGGUAGUCUUAGUGGCUAACAAUGCCCAGAUGAGUAGCGAUGAACCACAGAAACCUCCUCGCAAUAGCAAUGUUGUCUCAAUUGGAAAUAAGUACUUUAGCGUUGGAUUUGACUCCAAAGGCUUCCUGAGUAGCAUUUCCUUGGAAGACGGUUCGGAGCAUAAGCUCUCUCAGAACUUCUUCUACUACGAAGGAGCCGUGGGGGACAAUCGUGUGUUUAAGAAUAGGAGCUCAGGGGCCUAUAUCUUCCGUCCCAAUAGUACAGAGAGAUGGGUAACGGAUCAUGUUAACGUGAAAGUCAUCAAGGGGCCUGUUGUUGAAGAAGUACAUCAGACAUUCAACGACUGGAUCAGUCAGGUUGUGCGUAUCUAUCGAGAUUACAACUAUGUGGAAUUUGAAUGGCUUGUUGGGUCAAUUCCCGUUGAUGAUGGAGUUGGUAAGGAAGUUGUAUCGCGCUUCGUGAGUGACAUUCAGAGUUCCAAUGUCUUCUACACGGACUCCAAUGGACGGGAGAUGAUAAAGCGCGUACGAGAUCAUCGGGAAACGUGGAAUUUGCAACUACAGGAGGAAAUUGCUGGAAACUACUAUCCUGUUACGACGAAUAUUGCCAUUGAGGAUGGACAGAGGAGGUUGGCGAUUAUGAAUGAUCGAGCACAGGGUGGAAGUAGCCUGCAGGAUGGAGCACUGGAGCUUAUGGUUCAGCGACGUCUGUUGCACGAUGAUGCUUUUGGUGUUGCUGAAGCUCUCAAUCAAUCGUAUCCUGUUAGGGGUAAACAUUUCCUGAUCUUUGGUAAACUAGACGGCAGUGUUCCAUCAAUGGCAGCCAGGGAGAGGUUCCUUCAGGCUGAGAAACUCCUCUCACCAUGGCUCUUCUUCAGUGAUGUAACGUCUUUUGACUACGAAGACUGGCGCAAGACUUACAGUCAUCUCUGGUCUGGAGUAGCUCUUUCUCUGCCACAGAAUGUUAAACUCCUAACUCUGGAGCCAUGGAAGGAACUGAGUUUCCUUCUUCGUUUCGAACACAUUCUCGAGCAGAACGACGAUGCGGAGUACUCAAAGAGCGUCACUUUCAACUUUAAGGAUGUCUUUGGAGGUAUUUUCGAUAUAAAUAGUCUGGAAGAGAUGACUCUGGAUGGAAAUCAACUUCUCGAGGAGUCCGAAAAGACACGCUUCCGGUUCAAGCCUGAAUCAAAGGGUUUUGUCUUCACGAAUGAAAUUUUGAAGCGUAAACGUGAAACAGUAACGGAGACGCCACAAGUUAAGGGAGUUACGAUCAUCGACGAAGGAAAGCCUUCAGAGGAACCUGCCAAGGAGUUGCCUGAUGAUUCCGCCAAGUGGGACAUCACCAUUCAACCCAUGCAAAUCCGUACUUUCAUUUUGCAUGUUAAUCCUUCAAUUUACGACAAAUAAAUUCAAAUUGAGGGAGUAAAAGAGGAAAGCAGCUGGUUCAUAGUAAAUGGAGGAUUUUUUCUUGAGUUUAAAAAAAAUAGCAAAGAAAUGGGCAAGAAUAUCGAGCGCUACAUUGUAAAAAACGGUUAAAUCGAUUCGGAUCCCAUACAAAGUUAGCCGACUUAGCCGACUUAGCCGUUUUAACAAUGUAGCGCUCGAUAUUCUUGUAAAAACGGCUAAGUUGGUUCGGAUCCCAUACAAAGUUAGCCAACUUAGCCGUUUUUACAAUGUAGCCAUCGAUAUGUAGAAAAUAAAACAAGAAGAAUAAUUUUGAGAAUAAAAAAAAAUAGUUUCCAGCUGUUUCUUCUUUUUAUUCUGUACUGAAUAGCUUUUAGGCGAAUAAUAAAAAAAUCAUAAUGAAAAGAUAAAACUUCCGUGUGAGUGACUCUUCGAUGAUCUUUUUAUUUUUAAAUUAUAUUUUUUUAUACAAAAUAAUAACAUCCAAUAAAGAAUAUCCUCCAAUAUAA